GAAACCCCCAGCUAAGUUUCUAUAUAAAACCCCCACCACCGCCUCUGAAAAACCUAACUAGAAACAAACCAAGAAGAACAUGUGUGAAAAGCUCAACAGAGAAUACGAAAUUUGCGAAGAGAUCGGCCGUGGACGAUUCGGCGUCGUUUACCGCUGCUUCUCCGCCUCCUCCGGCGAAUCAUUCGCUUGCAAGUCCAUCGAUAAGCGCCUCCUCGUCGAUUCCACCGACCUCGAGUGUCUCCAGAAAGAGCCUAAAAUCAAUCACUUCCUCUCCGGCAACAAUAACAAUAUUCUUCAAGUUCACGACAUCUACGAAGACGAGAAUUAUCUCCACCUCGUCUUCGAUAUCUGCGAUUCGCCGAAUUUGUUUGACCGGAUCUCGAACAACCAGCCGCUCUCGGAGCCUCAGGCGAAUAGGUAUUUCAACGAUUUGAUGACGGCGAUUGCGUAUUGUCAUCGAUUAGGGAUAGCGCACCGGGACGUGAAGCCGGAGAAUGUGCUGUUUGAUUCCCGAGACAGGCUGAAGCUCGCGGAUUUUGGAUCGGCGGAGUGGUUUGGGUGCGGGAGUGAGAUGAUGAGUGGAAUUGUAGGCACGCCUUAUUAUGUGGCGCCGGAGGUUUUGUCGGGGCAGGAUUAUGACGAGAAGAUUGAUGUUUGGAGUUGCGGUGUAAUUUUGUAUAUAAUGUUGUCCGGUGUGCCUCCGUUUUACGGCGACUCGCCUGCGGAGAUUUUUGAGAAGGUGUUGCGGGGGAAUUUGCGGUUUCCGAGCAGGAAUUUCCGAUCGGUGUCGUCGGAGGCUAAGGACCUGUUGAGGAAGAUGCUGUGCAAGGAUCCUUCGAGGAGACUCUCCGCUGAUCAAGUUCUCCGACAUCCGUGGGUGCUAAAUGGAGGUGAAUUACUGAAUCAUAUGGACUAAGCAUGAAAAGUGAUAUGAGGAAUCUCAGCCGAAAGAUUUUGCAGCGCGGAGAGUUGGAGAUUGAGGAGGACAGAUGACAGAUCCUUUAUUUCUAGUUGAAGAUAUUGGAAGUGAAGUAGUUGUGGUCCUGGGAAGUAGUAGGUUCAACGAGAUUUUGAAUGUAUGCAAGUGAAAAUAACAAGUGAUAAUGUAUAUUACUGGUAGGAGUUGAGGAAUUGUGGUGCUUGUACUUUGUACCCAAUGUUCUGUUUUUUUUUGGUUUGGCAGUAGAGUUUUUCUCCUGAUCAAAAGGCUGAUGAUCCAUGUAAAAAUGUGGUUGUAAUCAAGAGCAGAGUUUUCUGAGUUUCAUAUGUUACGAGGCAUGUGAUUGUUGUUUCA